CUGGCCCAAUUUUAUUGGCUACAAUGGUGUUAAAUCCACGUGUAAAGAACUGAAAUAACAUCUUAUGAUCAAAAGUUCUGAGAACAAACUUAUUCUCACAAUUUAACCUACCCAAAGUUAAAUCUAACAUAGAAGAAUCAAACAUGAGUAUUAAAGAUUGAGAAAUAUUCGGCAAGAAAGAAGAUGAUGAAUGAGAGAAAGUUGCUCCCGGAAGAUUUUAUUUGUCAAUGCUUACUUGUGACAUUUUCUUCACAUAUGGAAUCAUCUGCUGAUAAAAAUUCAACGAGAAAGAAACUAAAGCAUAAUGUCAUUGAGGUUAUUAAUGAACACAUUCAAGCUAUUGCUACUUGCCAUGAACAGAUGGUUAAACAAGCAGUUGAGCAUAAAGCAAGGACCAACACAACUUCACAUGAUUACACUAAAG